CCACUUGGGAGAUAAGAACAUUUGUCCUUUAUUCAUCAUGUAAAUACAUGACUUACAUAGGCACACACAUAUUAAUACCAUACAUAUGUCUACUCCUCAAAGGAGAUUACAAUACAUAUACAAGAAUCCUAAGGAUUCUUGGGGUCGAAGUCAGGAUCAGAGAGACAUUCAUCGGUCUCUAUGUCGGAGUACUCCUCCUCGUUCUCCGAUUCCUCAAAUUCCUCUUCUUCCCCCAUACUCUCUAUCGAGUCCACAUGGGUGCCCAAAUCGUCCACAUUAGGACCCAUUGAGUACCAAUCAUAGAUGGGUAUAUCAUCUAGAGUCCAAUAAUUGGUUGGAUGCUCUCCACCAAUGUCAUUAUAUAGCAAAUCCUCGCUAUCGUCAUAAAAAUCGAACCACUCUUCAUUGUCAAACUCCAUUUAGGGAGUAGAGAGAUCAAUAAUCUCAGGAUCCGAUUCAAUAUUGAUGACCUCUACGACGUCAUCGUCAUCUUCAUCAACAUUGACGGGGUGCUCCGGCUUUGGAAUGCUUCCAGCCAUCUUGUACAAUUCACAGACUGUCGCACGACUCG